UCAGCCGCGGCGCUCGUCGGCCUCGUCGCUCGCCACUGGCCAGUUCCGCGCCUGCCAAUUGGAGUGGGAACGGAACGGCGUCCGGCGACCAGCCGCCCAAUAGGAGCGAGGCAAGGCGGGGCGCGAGGAGCGGCGGCGAUGAGCGAGACGUGGGGCGAGCCGGACGACGACUGGGGCUCGGGCAGCGCGGCGACGCCCCUGCUGGCGGCGCUGUCGCUGUGGUGCUGCGGCGGCGUGCUGGCCGCGCUCACCUGCUCGCCGCUGCGGCGCGCGCCCUGGCGGCCGCUGCUGCUGCUCUGGGCCGCCGCAGAGAUGCUGCUGCAGCUGCAGGUGCUCGCCGGCUGGAUCACACUCAAGGUGUCGCAGGGCCCGGAGGCGAGCGCGGCGGGGUGCGGGCUGCACCACCUGCUGUCGCACGCGGCGGGGCUGGCGCUGGCGUGGGCGGCGGCGCUGCUGGGGCUGGACCGGCUGGCGGCGCGCCGGCGGCCGCGGGCGUACGCUCGCAGCGGGGGCCGCGCGGCGCGCUGGGCCGCGGCCGCCGCCGGCGCCGGCGCGGGCGCGCUCUUCCUGCCGCUGGCCGCGCUGCCCGCGCCCCACUACUGGCACGGCCGCUUCGCGUGCCAGCUGCGCGCGCCGCACCCCUGGCCGCGCCUGCUCGACGCGCUGCUCGACGCCUACCUGGUGCUGGCCGUGCUGCUGCCGCCGCUCGCCGCCGCGCUCUGCCUCUGCCUCGCCGCCGCCCGCUGCUCCUGGCCGCCACGCGCCGCCUCCGACGCCGACGCGGACGCCGACGAGUACGGCUCCCUGACGCCGUUCCUCGCCACCUACUGCGUCCUCGCCGCUCCCUCCGUCGCCUUUGCCGUCUGGGUGCUGCUAAUAGAGCACGCGGACGUGGAGGUGGAGGAGGCGUGGGCGGUGGCGCUGUCGUGGCUGCUGGGCGCCACGCAGUACGCGUCUCUGUGCCGCGGCCCGCUGCUCGCCGCCGCGCUCGCCGCCGGCCCGCAGUUCCGGCGCGCCGUGCGGGCCGCCCUCGCGCCCCGCCCCAGGCUGGCCCCGGGCCCGGACAACCACGUCCUGCUGGUGAAUAUGAACGAAGAAGAAGACAACACUUAGCAUUUAAAGCCUUGGGCCAUGCUGUCAAAUGGAAACAGGGCCAUGUAUGGUAUCAAAAGGAAAUGUCUCUAGAGAAUGAAAUUCAUCUUUAAACCAGCCAUUAGAUAAGAUGAGCCAAAUAAAAGAGGUUAGCCAGUUAAGAAUGUUUAACAAUUAAACAGUAAUUGGGUCUAGAGUGUUUUUCACUUAUGCACCAGUUACAUUUCUUUUCUAAUCACUUCGUAUUUAGCUUCUUGAGAACAGGGAUCCAUUUCAAAAAUAACUAUGUCAGUGUACUGACCAUAGCAUAACCAUACUAAUUUUGCAUUUACAGGAGUACACAUCUUUUGAAGGAGAUAUUAAUAUCUGAACACCUCCAAGCUUUUUAUUCAUUUGGUUGUAAUUUUUCGUUUAAUUUUGAUGGCGUCAAAGAACCAUGAUAUCAAUGUCCAUAAGGUUUUUCUGUAGAUGCACUUGCUAUAAGCAACAUAUUAAUAUAAAUGUUCUCAGUGAGCUGCAUAGGAGAGACAAAAGUUGAAAAUAGUAGCAUAAAUAGUGUGAGAAAAGUGAUGCAGUCAAAUAUCAUAAGUUCGAUAGUAAAGUUUAUGAACAAAAACAUUUACUUCCAAUGGAGUGCUCUUAAAUUGUUAAACUUGCAUCAUAAUACUCCCCAGUAGUAAGUUUUUUGUUAUUAAAGUGUAUGGAUAUCUGUACAAAUCUGUUUAACUCAAGGUGAGAUGUCUAUUUUAAUAAUUUUAUUUCUGAGGUUAAUACAAAAUAUGUAUAUACUUUUUUCAUGUUUUUUGUGUUUUAAAUAAAUUACAACAAUCGAGUUAAUUUUUUGUAGAUAGAGUUUCCUUUACUUACCUUCUCAAGAAAUCUUUCACUACAUUGCUCUAUAACAGCAGGAGACUGUUUUAACUAUUCUUAUGUUUGGUUUUAAGAAAGUUCCUAUGUAUGAAACGUUAUAGUGUUAUCUGAAAGAACUUAUUCAAUUUCUGUUAUGAAUCUUUCAAUCUAGUAAAUUAAAUUAUUUCAGAACAUAUAUCAUAUAUUUUUUGUUGUUUAUAUAGUUAAUGCUUGUAAUGGUUCUUUAAAUACUCUAUUCUGUUUGAUGUCCAAAAAUUUGUAAUACUCUGGUAGCAUUUGUGUACAGUUCUUUUCUUUUCUAUACAAGGUAGAUAUUAGUGCACUGAGAAUGAAGACUGUUGUUCCACUAUGUCAGGAAACAAUAUUCUGUAAAUUAAUUUUGAUUGUCCAUAACUUGAAGAAAUAAAAAUAUACAGUACUUGCCACA